UAUUAGAACUUCUCUUUUUGCUAUGUAUUUAUUUUUAGCAGUUGUUGUAUAUCUUAUGAACUUGUUAAUUGGAUUACUCAAUAUAGAAAUUGGAGAAGAUAAUAAUAGAGUCUCAUAUUUGAUACAGAAGGCAGAAAUUUUGGCAGAGAUUGAGUUAUUUUACCUAUUACCACAUCAGAGACGUUGGCAUACAUGGUUUCCUAAAGUAAUACAUUAUUAUGCCGAUAUUGAUAAGGCUCGAAUGGAAAUUGAAAGAUUGAUUGAAGAGGGUGAAUGGGAUGCUAAGGAAUUCACAGAGAUGCGGAAAAAUUUAUUAAAAGAACUUCAAAUUAAACAUAAUCCUAUUAACAAUGAGGUAAUAUUGGAGAAAUUAAAAUCUAAUGAUGAAAUAUUGGAGAAAUUAAAAUCUAAUGAUGAAAAAUUGGAGAAAUUAAAAUCCAACGAUGAAAUAUUGGAGAAAUUAAAAUCUAAUGAUGAAUUAUUGGAGAAAUUAGGGAAAUUAUUGGAAGAAAUACAUGCAAAAUAAUUUUAAUAUUA